UAGUAGCACAUUUUUCUAACUAAAGUCAACUACAUUUGUAUGAGUUUUAAAAAGCUUUUGGUUUUAUUUUUUACUCACAUGAAUAAAAAAAAUUCUGGUAACUAAUCCUACUUAUUUAUAGCCAAAAAAUGUCGACGGAGGAAGAAGCGCGCACGUUAGCAAUAAAAUGCGCCACCGGCGCCGUGCUUCCGAUGGUGGUGAAAACCUCCAUCGAGCUCGAUCUCUUCCAGCUGAUCAAAAACGCCGGCAGCAUUUCGGCGGCUGAGCUCGCUGCUCAGCUUCCUACGAGCAACCCCGGGGCCGGGGCCUUGCUCGAGAGAAUCCUCCGCCUCCUCGCCGCCCACUCCAUCCUCAGAUGCGAGGGCGGAGGAGACGAGCGGCGCUACGCUCUUUCAGCGGUGGGGAAGUUGUUCACCAAGAAUGAAGAAAGCGGGUCGUGGUGCGGCAUGUCGUUAACGGCGCAUGAUAAGGUGCUCAUGGAGUGCUGGUAUCACUUAAAAGAUGCAAUUUUGGAGGGAGGCAUUCCUUUUGAAAGAGCACAUGGAAUGAGUAUAUUUAAGUAUGCCUCCAAUGAUUCUAGAUUCAGCAAUCUUUUGAAUCAGACUAUGACUGACUCCACUUUACAAUACAAGAAAAUAUUUGAAAUGUACAAUAAUUUUGAGGGGAUUGAAACCCUAGUCGAUGUUGGCGGCGGAAUUGGAGUAUUGCUAAGCAUUAUCAUCUCCAACAAUCCAUCCAUUAAGGGUAUCAAUUUUGAUUUGCCUCAUGUCAUUCAACAAGCUCCAUCUUAUCCAGGUAUAGAGCAUGUUGAAGGAGAUAUGUUCAUCAGCGUGCCUAAAGGAGACACAAUUAUUAUGAAGAAUGUUAUGCAUGAUUGGGCCGAUGAAGAUUGCGUCAAAAUCUUGAAAAAUUGCAAAGCGGCUCUACCAAGAAGCGGGAAAGUUGUGAUUGUCGAAUAUGUCCUUCCGGAGAUCCCCGAGAGUGGUGUGGAAGAGUUACUCAAUGUGAUGAUGUCGGCCUAUACUUCAGGAGGUAAGGAGAGGACAGAAAAGGAAUUUCGAAUCCUAGGAAAACAAGGUGGUUUCCAAGGAUUCAGAAAAGUGCGCACUUCUCCCCGUUUCUGGUUCUUGGAAUUUUAUAAUUGAAGUUUAGAAUUUCUCCAUAAUGUAUAACACCCUUCAAUGGAUGUAAAUAAUGUAACCACAAUUGAUACUCAAUUAACCUGAAAUUACUGGAAACAAAAUACCCCAUCUCCUCUUA